AUGUCCAGGUACAAGAUCAAUAUUUUGGGCAUUAGUGAAAUGAGAUGGACUGACUCAUGGAUGCUAACACUUGGUUCAGGGGAGACUGUCUGUUACUCUGGAAGGUCAGAUGGGCAGCAUCAAGAAGGGGUUGGCAUCAUCAUGGAUAUUCAGGCUCAGAAGAGCUUUCUGGGAUGGGAACCAGUCAACUCUCGUAUCAUCAGAACGAGAUUCUUUUCCAGCUACGCCAAAACCACCAUUAUUCAAUGCUAUGCACUCACCGAACAAGCUACAGAGGAGGAGAAGGACUUAUUCUAUAGCAACCUGCAAGAGCAGAUAGACAAGACACCUCGCCACGACAUUUUGAUCGUAAUGGGGGAUCUGAAUGCAAAAGUCAGGUUGGAUAAUGAAGGCUACGAAUCCUGCAUAGGUCCAGAGGGUGUCUGCAAAAGAAACGAUAAUGGACAGCGUUUUGUAGAUUUGUGCCUGGAGAAUGGUCUGGUGAUAGGAGGCACUGUCUUUCAACAUACGACAAUACAUAAGUUGACCUGGAUAUCUCCAGAUAGAAGGACUUGUAACCAAAUUGAUCACAUUGCUAUCAUCCAGAAGUGGAGAAGAUCCAUGAGAGAUGUCCGAGCGCUGAGAGGAGCAGAUGCCAACAGCGAUCAUCAUCAUCUUCUUUGUAAGCUGCAGCUCAAGCUGAAAUGGUUGAAAAGGACAGACAGAAAGACUGGUGGCCAGUUAUUUGACUCCAGUAGACUAAAACAUCCAACAGUGAAGCUCCAGUUCACUCUAGAGCUGUCCAACAGAUUUAGCCUGCUUGAAGACCUGAUAGCAGAUUAUAUUAAUAUCUACUGUGAGGAGAUCCAGAAGGUAUACCUGGAAACCAGCAAGAUUGUACUGGGGAACAAGAAGAAACAGAGAAGGGAGUGGAUUUCAGAUGCUACAUGGCAGCUCAUUGAGAACAGAAAGGCUAACCAGCGCAUACUUGCAGGCAGUGACGAAGAUAAAAUAACAGCUGGUCUCUUCAACAGGCUCGGGGAAGAAGAGAGGGUACCGGAGGCCUGGAAGAAGGGCAUCAUUGUGAAGUUACCCAAAAAAGGCGAUCUGUCCAUCUGUGGGAAUUGGAGAGGCAAAUUGCUGUCUAUGCCGGGAAAGAUUUUCUGCAGAGUCCUGCUACAGAGAAUGCGAAAGGUCACUGAGAAAAUCCUCAGGGAAGAACAGUCUGGCUUCAGAAGUGGAAGGUCAUGCACAGACCAGAUCUUCGUCCUAUGCACCAUAGUGGAGCAGUCAAUAGAGUGGAACUCUUUGCUCUACAUUAACUUCAUCGAUUUUGAAAAGGCAUUUGAUAGCAUCCGCCACCCCUCACUCUGGAGGAUUCUACAAGCAUACGGGUUCCCUGAGAAGGUCAUUAAGAUCCUCAAGGACCUGUACGCUGAGAAUCAAUGCUGUGUGCGACAUGAAGGACAGCAGAGUGACUGGUUUCACGUGAAGACAGGGGUCAGACAGGGCUGUGUAAUCUCACCUGUUAUCUUCCUUGUGGUCAUCGACUGGGUGAUGCGCAGAGCCACUGAGGGCAGAUCAAGGGGAGUGCUAUGGGGACUGACUGCUCGGCUUGAGGACUGUGACUUCGCAGAUGACCUGGCGCUUCUCGCGCAUGAUCAGCAGGACAUCCAAGAAAAGACCGACAUUGUUGACUGAACAGCCAGAAGCAUUGGGCUCAGAAUUCACCCUGGCAAGUCCAAAGUGAUGAAACUGAGGACAACUAACACCGAUAAAACCAUCGUCCCGGGUGAAGAGUUAGAGGAAGUAAAUGACUUCUGGUAUCUCUGCAGUUACAUCUCGGCGGACAGCAACAUCAACAAAAAGAUCUCCGCUAGAAUUGCCCUGGCAGCGCAAGCCUUCCAAAUGCUUAACAUUUGGAAGUGGUCACUGUUGCAGAACAGGACUAAACUGAAGAUCUAUAGGUCGAAUGUGCACUCAGUCCUGCUGUAUGCUGUAGAGACUUGGAGGACUAACAAGAAGAUUGAGAGCAGACUCAGAGGCUUUGAAGGACGGUGCCUUCAUUGUAUCCUCAGAGUCCGCUGGGAACAGCAUGUUACCAACAAGGAGAUAAGCCAACACACUGGCAUCAACAAUGUUGUGGACGAGAUCAAGCAGAGAUGCUGGAGAUGGCUGGGGCAUGUCCUUCAGAUGAACGAAACAAUACUCCCUCAUGUGGCACUCAGAUGGAUUCCACCUGGAAAGCGUGAAAGAGGGAGGCUGUUGGGCACCUGGAGGAGGACUGUGGAGGAGGACAUGAAAAGGAAGGGCACGACCUGGGAAGAAGUCAGCCGGCUUUCUCAGGACUGUGAAGGCUGGAGAAGAUUCGUUGGCACCUUAUGCUCCAUCAGGAGCAAAGAGAAUUAA